AUGCCGUCGCGACCACCGUCGACCUCGUCGUCGUCGCUGUUCCCGUCUUCUUCCCCUUCUCCCGGAGCGGCCGCCGCCCACGCUCCCGGCGCCGCGGGUUGCCUCCCCGCCGACCAGCCUUGCUUCGCGGUCGCCGUCUCCGUCGGCGCGCCCUACGCCUCGCGCCACGACUCCGCCGCCGCCACGCCCGCGCGCCCCUGCUGCACCACCACCUCCUACAUCGCCGUCCUCGGCAUCAGCUUCGGCUCCCUCCUCGCCAUCCUGCUCAUCCUCUGCGCCAUCCGGUGGUACCUCGUGCGGCGCUCCGCCACCCGGAACGCGGCGGCCGCCGCCGCCGCCGCGGAGCCGGACAAGAAGCGGUCCACGGGGCUGGACGCCGACGCCAUCGCCGCGCUGCCGGAGUUCGUGUACCGCAAGCAGGAGGCCGCCGACGAGGCCGAGGAGCGCGAGUGCGCCGUCUGCCUGGGCGCCCUGGCGGACGGCGACGCGGCGCGGCUGCUGCCCCUGUGCAUGCACGUCUUCCACCGGGACUGCGUCGACGUCUGGCUCAGGGAGCACUCCACGUGCCCCGUCUGCCGCGCCGAGGCGGUGGCCGUAAGGCCGGCCAGUGAGGGCGCCGCCGGCAAGGAGCAGGAGGCCGCCGGCGGCACGUCUCGAGCGUCCACGUCGGCGGCGUGGCCGCCGCCGCAGGACAGCCUGCUGGCGCUGGACGACGGGGAAAGGGACAUGGAGGCACAGCUCUAG